AUGUAGUGUUUUACAUCAAAAAAAAAUAAAAAUUAGGAAGAUGAAGAAGAAGAAUUAGAUGUUGUAAAGUUGAGAUAUAUGGAAUUAGAUCAAGAAGAGCAAAAGAAACGAAAACCAAUUAGAGCAUUUUUUAAUGAAUUUCAAGAAUAAUCAGUACUAUAGUUGGAUGGAUAAGAUUAUUAAUGGUUAAGAGUAAAGUUCUAGGAUCUAAAGGAUGCUUUAAAAACAAAUGAUGAGAGAAUCUGGUAAAAGGAAAUGCAAGAAAAUAAACAAAUAUAGCAUGAAUAAAAGGUGGAAUUGGAUUAAUUAUUAGAAACCUUUACAGAAUAGAGAUAUAAAAUUAGAGAGAUGGAAGCUUAGAAAGAAAAAAAGAUAGAGGAACUUGACGAAAUGAAGAAAACAUAUCUAAAGGUCUUGAUUAAAACUUAAGCAAUUAAAAAGGAGUUGAUUAAUCAACAAAAUAAAUUUGCUGAUCAAGUGCAUCUUGUGUUGAAUCAAAUACAAGAAGCUAAUCUAUAUUAUUGAUUUAUUAUAUAUAAAUUAAAAAUA